AGUGACAAACUGAGAAACCAGUAAGCCAGAAAGAAAAAUGAGUGCCUUGGGAAAUCUUGUAAUAAUUUUCUUAAGCUUUCUGGGUCUGUGUUUUCUAUGGACUUUCAUCAAAGUGGUUCACAAACUAUGGUGGCGUCCUACUCGUAUGCAGAAGCUGAUGCGUUCACGAGGAAUCAAAGGCCCUUCUUACAGAUUCAUCCAUGGAAAUACCAAAGAAAUUUUGUAUAUGAAAAACAAAGCUAUGGAAAAACCCAUGAGUUUAUCCCACAACAUAUUGCCAACGGUUCAGCCUCACAUUGCUUCUUGGGUCAAAAUAUACGGAAAGAAUUAUCUGCAAUGGUAUGGAACAGAAGCUCAACUCGUUGUUACAGAACCAGAAAUGAUAAAAGAGAUAUUCAAUAAUAUACACGGAGCUUUCCCAAAAUUCGAGUUACAUCCCUUGAUAAAGAAGAUAAUAGGAGAUGGUAUUAUAAACAGUGAAGGUGAGAAAUGGACAAAAUACAGGAAAUUGUCCAAUCAUGCCUUUCAUGGAGAGAGUUUGAAAGGUCUGAGUCCUGCAAUGAUCACUAGCGUCGAGAAUAUGCUGGAAAGGUGGAAAUCAUAUGAAGGUAAAGAGAUCGAAGUUUAUGAAGAAUUCAGAUUGUUUACUUCCGAUGUGAUUUUAAGAACAGCAUUUGAGAAUAAUUACCAAAAAGGGAAGAACAUUUUUGAGACACUGGUGAGGUUGAUCGUGUUAGCAUCGGAUAAUAUUUACAAACUAAGAUUUCCUGGCAUCAGCGAAUUCUUCAAAACCAACAGCCAGAUUGAAUUAGACAUGCUUGAUUCACAAGUUGGCAAUAACAUUAUAGAGGUGAUCAAGGAAAGAGAAAGGAAGGUGAUAACAGGAAAAGAAGACAAUUUCGGGAGUGAUUUUCUUGGAUUACUUUUGAAGGCUCACCAUAAUGCCGCCGACAACGAGAGGAUUUCAAUAAAAACUGUGGUCGGUGAAUGCAAAACAUUUUAUUCAGCUGGACAAGAAACCACUAAUUCUUUACUCGCCUGGGUUGUUUUACUUCUAGCAAUCCACAAAGAUUGGCAAGAAGAACUUAGAAAUGAGGUGUUGAAUUUAUUUGGGAAACAAAACCCAAAUCCAGAUAACUUUGCCAAAUUAAAAAAAAUGGGCAUGGUCUUCAAUGAAACUCUCAGAUUAUAUCCUCCUGCAAUUAGUUUGAAAAGAAAAGUUGAAAGGGAAGUUAGAGUGGGAAAGUAUAUUCUUCCUGCUAAUCUGAAUCUGUUUCUCUCAGCUUUACCAGUUCACCAUGACUCUAAAAUUUGGGGAGAAGAUGUUCAUGAAUUCAAACCAGAGAGAUUCUCACAAGGGGUUGUUGGGGCUACCAACAACAACCCAGCUGCAUUUUUCCCCUUUGGAAUGGGACCACGAAAUUGUGUGGGGUCUAACUUUGCCAUCGUUGAGUCAAAGAUCGCUCUUUGCAUGAUUCUUCAACGCUAUAGCUUCACUCUUUCUCCAACCUAUGUCCACAUGCCCUAUCAUCUGGUUACUACUCGUCCAAUGUAUGGAAUUCAAGUAAUACUGGAACCUCUUUAAAGAAUAGGCUUGUACCAUGGUAUGAAAAUAAGCCCAUUAGCAUUAUUAGUUCUUAAACUAUAUUUAUAUUUGCAAUUUGAUCUUUAAACAUUUUUUUUGAUACUUUAAUUCCCAAACUUUAGUUUUUUUACAAUUUGAUUCUCAAAACUAUUUUUAGUUUAACUUUUAACAAUUUUGAGGUGUGCAAACCAUCCUCAAAAUUGCUAAAAAUUAUAUUACCAAUAGUUUUAAAGAUCAAAGUAUAAUAAAAUCUGAAGUUUAAAGGAUUAAAAUGUCAAAAAAUUGUUCAAUAACAAAAGUCCAUAUGUGAGAAAAGUUCAAGGACUAUAACAAGGCCAGCAACCUAUGAUGCUAUUGAAGAUUUUGUUAAAUAAAGGAUGUUUAUAUAGUCAAGAGCUAGGGUAACUAUAUCCUAGAUCCAAAUAAUAAUUAUCAGUUUAUCUAGUUUAAUGUUUCUACAUUAUAUAUAUAAAUUAUUGUCAUGUAUAGCUAAAUAAAGGAUGUUUACAUGGGCAAGAGCUAGGAUUGCUAUAUCUUAAAUACAAAUAAUAAUUAUCAGUUUAUGUAGUGUAACAAUUCUAU